CUCCAGAAACCUCGAUAUUUAUCUCAGACAUUCAAGAUUUCUCCACACCGUUCCUUCACUGCCUAUAAAUACACACCCAAAUUUUUUCAUUUCCUUAUCAAAACCAAGAUUAGUGAUUAAUUUCUUCGAUAUGGCAGCUACACGUUUAGCAGCAAACAACAUUUUCAGGACACAGAACAAAUCUGUUGGUGUCGGGUCGUGUUCUGUGUUCUUUCCAUCAGCAUGUAAGGCCAUAAGAAAGGCAGUGCCGCCGUCUAGAGUGUCAAUUGUGAGAGCUCAAGCCUCCGGCGAUAAGCAAGAUACUUCAGUUGAUGUACAGCAUCAUUCCGGCAGUAACAAACAGGGCACCGCUGUCGAGCGCCGUCCCCGGAGAUUGGCCAUGGACAUCUCUCCUUUUGGGCUGCUAGAUCCUCUGUCUCCAAUGAGGACAAUGCGGCAGAUGCUGGAUACAAUGGACAGACUAUUUGACGAUGCCUUGUCGGUAACCGGGGAAAUACGAACCCCAUGGGACAUAAAAGAAGAAGAAAAUGAGAUCAAGAUGCGAUUUGACAUGCCAGGGAUAUCGAAAGAAAAUCUCAAAGUCUCUGUAGAGGAUGAUAUACUUGUUAUUAGAGGUGAACACAAGGGGGAAGAAAAAGACCUCGACUGGUCGAGGAGGAACUACAGCUCGUACGAUACUCGACUAGAGCUUCCUGAUAACUGUGUGAAGGAUCAAGUGAAGGCAGAAUUGAAGAAUGGAGUUCUUUAUGUCUAUAUUCCAAAGGCUAAAGCAGAGAGGAAAGUGAUUGAUGUAGAAAUUGAGUGAAGUUCUUUCAAGAGAAAUAUGGUGUGAUGUUUUUUUCGGCGAUGUUUUUGUAAUGCUUUGUUCAUCUCUGCUUGUGCGUCAAUACAAGUUUGUAUAGUUUUAUUCUCUCUUUUUCUUUUAUAUUUAGCUUUUGUUUAAAUAUGUGAAAGAAUUUUUGGGCAUAUAAAAAGCGGAAUCUUUCC